AGUUCAGUAUUCAAUUGCCGUUCGUUCUGACUGACGUCUUUGAGAGCGCCUUUCUUUUCUCUCCUUGCACAUAGAUUUGUUAUUGCGUACUGUUUCAUUUAUGAAUUUUUUUUUCCUCUCAGUUCAUUUCUUGUCUCAUUUACAACAACUAAAAUAGUGAAUCGGCUGGCCGUAGCGAACAAACUAGAUAUAUAAGAAGAAAAAACAAGACUAUUCGAAACGUGUGAAGAAAAUGCGCAAAAAAUGUGAAUAACUUGUGUUUAGCGGUGGUCUGAAGUGUUUGUGUGUGUUUUUUUCUUGCUCUUUCAAUCGGUAGAUUAUGGAACGGUGAGAAACGUUUGGCUUAAAAUUGGCAAGAGCUGAGAAGAGGAAAAAAAGGUCCAAAUCAAUUUAGUAUUGUUUGGCAAAGACCACACGAAAAUUGCUUAAAUCAUCACAAAAUCACACCGCAUAAAACGUAUCUGGUCUGACAUCAUAUUCGGCAUUACAAUCAACACACGAAAAUCGGUAAACAAAAGUGGUUGUUGUGUGUGCGAGUGAAAAGAAGUUGAAAAUUUCAGAAGAGAAAAAAAAAAUUCGGAGCAAUAUUCAACGAAAUUUAUUGAUGAUAUCAAUCGCGCGGUAUUGUGUGUUUCCCCUCAAGUGCUGUUUACGUGCAUUCCGAAUUGUGGUGUAUAAUUUGGUAUUUUAAUGAAAAUCAAAGAUACAAUGGAUAGUUCUGCUACACGAAACGGUGUUAGUGCAAUAGUCGAAUAUAAUUACACGGCAAAGGAGUCGGAUGAAAUAACGUUAGUUAAAGGUGCCAUUAUCAAUAAUAUAAAGCGGCAAUCAGGCGGCUGGUGGGAAGGUACAUUGGCAUCAACGGGCAAAACAGGCAUGUUUCCCGAUAAUUUUGUGCGCGUUCUCGAAUCGGACGACAAAAGUCCGGUAGUGCUGAGAGAUAAAUCGGAGACGAAGAAUCGGCGAUGCAAAGCCGUAUACAGCUAUACACAGAACAACAAUGAUGAAUUGACUUUGGCCGUUGGCGAUAUUGUUGAGUUUUUGGGCGAGGUCGAAGAAGGUUGGUGGCGCGGCAAAUUAUCCGGCAAAAUCGGAGUCUUUCCAUCGAAUUUCGUAGAAGUGUAUCAAAGUGCAUCGCCAGUGUUUGCAAAACGUAUCAGCAAUAAUAACGGCACAGCGAAUAACAAUAACUCACGCAGUGGAGCCAGUUUGAAUAGUUCUAGAGAGGAUUUGGUCAGCAGCAAUACUUCCACAAGCAGCGAAAAAGAUGCCCCAAGUCUGCCACCAAAGCCAGUGCGAGAAGUGUGCCGAGUAAUAUUCUCAUAUAAGCCCGUGAACGAAGACGAGCUGGAAUUGAAAGAGGGUGAAAUUAUUACGGUAUUGAGUAAAGAACUGCCGGACAAAGGCUGGUGGAAAGGUGAAUUGAAAGGAAAAGUCGGCGUAUUUCCCGAUAACUUUGUGCAAUUGAUUGUCAACGACGGAUCACCUCAAAAAGAUCAUUCAAAUCAUACGCCCGAACGGCCACCAUCGACCACAAAACUGUUGAUUAACAAUAACACAAAUAGCAACAGUAAGAAAAUGGAGGGAUUAGGUUCAAGAGACUCGCUAAAUGACACCGGCAUAAUGGCGGGCAAUGUGGCAGCAUAUCGAAAAUCAUUGGAGAAUAAAUGUAAUGAACCACAACAGGUCACAACGCGUCGAACGCUAAUCGAAACAAAAUCAACGGCCGAAAUCCGCAAAAGUCUGGAGAAUUUGGAUGAUCGAAAAUCGACACCACCACCGUUGACCAAAAAACCGGUUGUUCCGAUCAAAAAGUCGCCAACCGUUGGCAGCGUUGCGGGCAACAUAUUCUCGGGCCUGAAGCAGAAAGUGAAGAGUGUCGAACAGAAAAUUACCCAUCACGAUAGUUUAGAUGGAGUUGGUAGCAGCAAAGCUGUAAGCCAUGUGGCCGAUAACAGUGAGAAAGGAAUCAGUGGAGAGCGAUUGCAUCGUGACGAUACGGAAUUCGAUCAAGUCGAACGAAACUCAUCGAUUCUGCCGGAUAUGCGAGCACAACGAGCUAAAGCACCGAAACGACGGUUGCCUUCAUCGAAUUCAACGAAUUUGAGCGAAAGUUUGUCGUAUCAAAAUGGUGGUGGUGGUGGUGAUUCACCAACACCCGCCUCGCCCAUUCUAACGAACGACUCGAGCAUCAACAAAUCCGAAGAGGAUCUAACCAAACCGGCAAAACAACGCGGAUGGGAAAAGAAUAAAGCCCCAUGGAUGGAUGAAUUGAAAGCUAGUCAAGCCAAGAAAACGUCACCGGGCAGCAUUGAAAUGCGCUCACCAGAGAACAACAGCAGCCACAGCAACAACAACGACAGCAACAGUUCCGAUCACAAAACAACAUCUAACAGCAAUUCAUUUAACAGCAGCCAUAAAAAGGAAAUAAACACAUUCGAAGUGCGAAGCAGCAGCGUUGACAUCAAAACAAGCAGUGAUUCAACAUUCCAUAGCAAUUCGAUGAGGAAGGAGCCCGUUGACAGCUCAAUGGCUAAAUCGUUGUCAUCGUUGGCAACAAAAAUUUCCAUUUCAGAUUCAUCAACAGCAGCCGCAACCACAACAACAACGGCCACCGCCGCAGCGGUUAGUGAUGAGAAUGCAACCAACAAUGGUAUUAAGGGACGGCCGACGAGUGUAACACUGCGCAAUGUGAAUCUACCGCCGGUAGGACGUUUGACAAAAACAAUCCACGACAAUGGUGGCAUCGUACAAACAUCAACAGCAACAAUCACAAGCAAAACAGCUACAAUCAUACAGGAUGAUGUAACAAAUCAUUCGGGACCAACCGUCACCACAGUCACCACGGAUAAUGUGUGUUCACGCGUUGCUGAACUGGAAUUGCGCGUAUCGCAACUGGAAAAGUUGGCACAAAGACAAAAUCACACCAUCGAACAGCUACUCAAAUCCCUGAAGGAUGAAUCGGACAAGAAGCGAAAAAUAAUUCUGAUGCUUGAGCCAAUCGCAUCCGAGCUACAUCAAAAUCGACGUACAAAUUCAGAGAAAUGAUGAACGAUUUACGGUUGACAUGGCGCAUUUACAUUGGAGACACGAAGCAUUCUUGUUUCUAUCUAGCUUGCUUGGUUGGUUUUUUUUAUGCAAACGAGCGAAGAAGAAAUGAACAAGUUUGAUUAUAUUUGCUGAGAAAUAUUGAGGGGAAAAAACCUUGAAAUAAAUAAUAAUGAUGAGGAAUUGGAAGGUGUGAUAUUGCCAUAAUUAUUCGAUUACAUUAGAUGGGUUUAGAGUGAAAUAUUUUUUACUUUUUUAACUUUGCGAAAAAAAGAAGAAAAAACACAAAAUGAAGUAUCCACACAUAUUAUUAUGUAGUAAUGAUAGAAAAAAGUAACAUUUAGAAAUCAAAUCAACGAUUUAUCUAUGCUCAAUUUACUAUUCCUCCCCUUCUUUUUUCUUUCUUUUUGUGUUCUUUUUUUUCCCUCUCUUUAUUCCAUAUCAAUCAAAUUGUAUUAAUGAGCGAGUAUUUAUUCUUGAAUUCCAUAAUUUUAAACACGAGCAAAUUCCUAUCCACUCUCGAAAAGAAAUAACAACAGAACACACGUAUUGGACAAAAGACAAUUUAUGUAGUUUUAAUGCCAAUUUCAGUCAUUUUAUAUUCUAAUAGAAUUUGAGUUUAAGCUAUCUAUAUUACCUAAUUAUUCUAUGUAUUAAGCGAAGCGAGUUUUUCAAUCAACAACGACGAGUUUUACUGGUCUACGCUGAAUGGAAUGGAAAAAUUCAAAGAAAAUUGACCAAAAAGAACAUAAAAUGAACUCGACAUUCCCCUUCAGUUUCGGAACAUUAAAUUUUAAAUUUAAUACUUUCGCAAACAAAUUCGACAAAUGAAAUGUAUUUGACAAGGAAAAACCCUCUCCCCACACGAAACGAAACUUGUUGAAAUGCAUUAACGAAGUGAAAUGAUACGGAAUUGAAAUACAAGUGGAAUUAAAUUUUUUAUUAAAAAAAAAGUAACAAUUUCCAUUGAAUUAGAAAAAAUGUAGUUUUUCCAUUGGAUAAAAAUAAAUUAUUGAAACGAUAUUUUUUGUCCCAUCAAUGUAAAAAAAAAUUCCAUUCGGUAAACACGACCGAUAAAAAUAAACAAUUUUUGCAAUUUAAAUUGCAAUAUUUCUUGCAGUUACGGUUAUUGCGACUUCCAUGUUUACCUGGCUUUUACAAAAAUCGACUACUAAACAAAAUAUUAUCAUAGACAGAAGAAAAAAAUUGAUGAUAUGAAAUUUCAUAUUUACUUAUAUAGAUUAAAUCAUAUUCAAAUAAAGCUUUUAUAAUGUAACAUGUGGAAUUCCUAAAAAAAAUGAAAAUUGCAGUAAUUUGUAUUUGACUACAAAAACACUAUUUUGUGUGCAAACAAGAAAAAACAAAGAUUGAUUUGGACACGAUUGAAUUCGCAUCCGAUUGGAGUUCAGAUAAUUAAUUUCUAAGUGAAUCGAUUCAGUAUGCGUGAAAUGCCUAUUUUGUAAAAAAAAAACGAAACAAGAAGAACAAAAACAUUUAAGAACCCUUGAGAAUAAUAUUAACGUAACGCUGUAAUAUAAAUAUAAAUAUAUAUGAAUUCGCCUAUGUUGUACUUGAUAAAAAAUAGAAAAAUCAAAUCUAAUAAAAA